AUGGCGAUUAUUCUUUGUGCAUCACCCGCAGCGCCGCCAUGGAGCUUGCUCUGCGCGCUCGGGGCCCUGGCAGUGGCGGCCCUGUGGGGUGCGUGGCGGGCGCUGGCGCGGUUCUGGCUCCGCCCGCGGAUGCUGGGCCGCGCCCUGCGGUCGCAGGGCUUACCUGGCACGGCGUACCGCUUCCCCUCCGGCGACAUGAAGGAGUUCCUCCGCCUCGCCGCCGCGGCCUACUCUGAACCCAUGCCCCUGGCGGCCUCGCACGCCGUUGCUCCUCGAGCGCUUCCCUUCGACCACAGCAUCACCAGGCAGCACGGUAAUCUCGCUGUGACCUGGUACGGGCCGGAGCCGAGAGUGAUCGUGAACGACCCCAAACUCACGCGAGAGAUCCUGGCAAACAAGCACGGCGUAUUUGGGAAGCAGAAGUCUGUUCUUUGGGUCGAGAGGCUGCUGGCCAACGGCCUGACGACCCACCAAGGCGAGAAAUGGGCCACGCACCGGAGGAUUAUCAACCACGCCUUCCAUCUCGAAAAGCUCAAGAGGAUGUUGCCAGCUUUCGCCGCAUGUUGCGGUGAGCUGAUAGGCAGAUGGGAGAACUCUGUAGGCUCUGAGGGUAUGCAGGAGAUAGAUGUGUGGCCGGAGUUCCAAAAUCUCACAGGCGACGUCAUCUCCCGCGCGGCGUUCGGGAGCAGCUUGAGUGAAGGCAGAAGGAUCUUCCAGUUGCAAUCGGAGCAGGCACAAAAUGCUGUAAAUAUGGCAAACAGGAUGCAUAUCCCAGCCUACAGGUUCCUACCAACAAAGCUAAAUAAAAGGAUGAAGGAAAACGCGCGUGAAGUUGAGACGCUUCUCAAAGGCAUUAUCUCAAAGAGGGAGAGGGCAAUGAAGGACGGACUCGAUAACGACGACCUACUAGGAUUGUUACUGGAAUCCAACACUAAAGAAAGCGAGGAAAGUGGGAGCACCAAGGCAAUGAUGAGUACAGAGGACAUAAUCGGGGAGCUGAAGCUAUUCUACUUCGCAGGGAUGGAGACAACCGCAGUGCUGCUCACAUGGACAAUGGUGCUUCUGAGCAUGCACCCUGAGUGGCAGGAUCGCGCGAGGGAGGAGGUUCUUCGCAUCUUUGGGAAGAACCAACCGGACUCUGAGGGCAUCAAUCAGCUCAAAACUGUUACAAUGAUAUUACAUGAGAUUCUGAGAUUGUACCCGCCUAUACUGCUACUUGGCCGGGAGACGUAUCAGGAGACAGAGCUUGGAGGGGUCAGGUACCCACCUGGUGUUGUAUUUUCGUUGCCAAUUGUGUGCAUCCACCACAACCCAGGAGUUUGGGGAGAAGACGCAGACGAGUUCAGGCCGGAGAGGUUCGCGGAGGGCGUCUCCAAGGCAUCCAAGGACGCGCCGGCGUUCUUUCCGUUCGGCUGGGGGCCGCGGAUAUGUGUUGGUCAGAACUUCGCGUUACUGGAGGCCAAGAUGGGCUUAGCCAUGAUCCUGCAACACUUCUUGUUCGAGCUCUCACCGUCUUACACGCAUGCACCGUGCGCGGUCUCCACUCUGCAGCCACAGUAUGGGGCGCAGAUUAAGCUUAAGAAACUCUAA